ACACACACACCCACACAUACACACAUCCUUUGAAGAAGUCGCUGUAAGAGCCCCAGUCUCCCACAGCACUCUCUCAUAAUGACACUAUACCUUUAGGCAUCAACAGAGCUGAGACAAAGCGCCGGUGUAUUUGGGGUAAACACACGGCAACUCUGAAGAUGACAAAGCGAUAGGCCAGCGUGAUGGGGCCUCGGCGUCCCGGCGCUGCCAGAGCCCUUCAUCUGCCGUUGACAGAGUGGAAAGCUACCUGACAGCUGCUUCUCACAAAUCAGAUAAGAAUACAGUGUUUCCAGACACUCGGAGGACAGGAUGGUGCAGCACAUGAGCCAGACAGAGAGCGCCCACGCUCACUCUCCCGGCGGAGACUCCACGGACACGGGAGAAAUGGACUUGGAGAUGGAUGUUUCUCCGACCCCCGAGUCCCCUUCCUCCGGGGUGCGGAGCGACCUGGCGUGGUGCAAAACUCCAACGGGGCACAUCAAGAGACCUAUGAACGCGUUCAUGGUCUGGUCCCAGAUCGAGAGGAGGAAGAUUAUGGAGCAGUCACCGGACAUGCACAACGCGGAGAUCUCCAAGCGUCUGGGGAAGCGAUGGAAGCUGCUGAAAGACACAGACAAGAUCCCGUUCAUCCGUGAGGCGGAGCGGCUCAGACUUAAACACAUGGCCGACUACCCAGACUACAAGUACCGGCCCAGGAAGAAGGCAAAGUCGGGAAGCGGAACGAGUAAGCAGGCGGACCGCGGGGAGAAGAGCGGGGAGCGCAGCGCCAAAGUCGGUGUGAAAAGAAGCCCCGCGUCCAAAGGAGUGAGCAGGACGCACAAACAGGGGGGCAUGAAGAGCGCUCCGGGGCAGGACUACGCCUCUCCCGGUGACCACCAGGCGCUCUUCAAAUCCAGGUCAGUGUCUGGGGCAAGACAGAUCCCGGAAAAACGCACCGGAGAGGCGAGGCGUGGCCACAUGUUUGGCGGGGCAGGCAGCCUGGAGAGCGGGCCUCCCUCCGUGGGAGUCCCGGCCAGUCCCACACUGAGCAGCUCGGCGGACUCCAGCGACCCGCUCAGCCUGUACGAGGAGCAGAGCCCGGCGGCCAGCGAGUCCUCGCACACCGCGCGCCUCAGGUACGCGCGCGCCUCCUCUCCAACACCAUCAGCCUCUCACUCUUCCUCCUCCGUGUCAUCCUCAUCAUCAGAUGAAGAGUUUGAAGACGAGCGGCUGGAGCUAAACCCGAGCCCCGGGUUUGAGAGCAUGUCCCUGGGCGGCAUGGGCUUUUCCGACGCGGAGCUUGACCGGGACUUGGACUGGAGCUUCGGGGAGUGCGGGGCGGGAUCUCACUUCGACUUCCCCGACUACUGCACCCCGGAGGUCAGCGAGAUGAUCUCAGGAGACUGGCUGGAAUCCACCAUCUCCAACCUGGUGUUCACCUACUGAGAAGGACCACGGUGGAGAGGAGCCGCAACGUCCCCUCACGUUUUGAACUCUUUAACCCCCCACCCCCAGACAGGCGCGUGCCUCCAGACCAGAAUAUUUCCGCCAUUAUUUCACUAAAUAAGGGAGAGUGAAAACAGGAAAGAAAAGGUGGCCUGUGUGCGCGUUGAAGCCCAGGUACGCGCCGCUCACAGACUUGGACAGCGCUCCGUGCGCUUGACGAGAACGCGCAGACGGGGGAAAUGCUUAGUUUGCAUUUGGACACAGAGGAGGAGUGAAUGUAAGCAGAGAGCAGUGAAACACACGGACUUCAGCUCAAAUGUUCAAACCCAUCCGCAGAGGAUGAGGACUGAGACCGAACUUUGAAUCUUAAUGUUAUUUUGGGUCGGAAAAAAGGGACAUUUACUGGACAGCUUGUCAUGUUGGGUUUUGUUAAAGAUAUAGCCAAUUCACAUUGACCAUCAAGUUGCAAUUCAGGUGUAUUUCUUUUUCCGAACUCAAAAUAGUUUCAAUAUCAACACGCAUGCCCUCCGAGAUAAGGAGGAUUUUGUUGUUGUUAAAUGCGUACAAAUGUUCAUUGCUGCGUAAUUACGCAAUUUUGUGUGACCAUAGGACAAUUCACUAUCACCAGCUUCUCUUUCAACGGCAGGACUAUUACAACAAAGACAGACUCAAAACUUCAGAAGCCCUUUUCUGAACCUUUUUAAACACUCAGUGCACAAUUCAGGACCAAUGUUCCCCAAUGCGCAUCCUUUUUCUGCCUAGUGCUUCAACUUUGUAGUUCCUCUGUGUCAGAUGACGUUUUUUAUAUUGAUGUAUUUAUACCGGCCAAACUUUUUUAUACAUAGAAGUAUUGUUCUCGUACAGGUCUCGUUUGUGUUUGUGCACAUACACCUGUCUGUAUCCAGCGUGGAAGGGCUAGAAGUGUAUCUUAUUUAAAAUGUCUGACUUCUCUCACUUUUAAGGAGAUUUGAGUGUGUCAUGAUUUUCUACUUGUAUUUUUGUACAAAAAUCUAUAGAAAACUGAGGUUUCCAGCGAGUGGGUAGCCUACAACAUUGUUGUUUGGGUCUACAUUGGUGUUUAGCAGUGCAGAGGGGAGUUUGUUUGGCACAAUCUGACCUCACACAGUGUUUACAGUAUUUACCCACAUGCUUCUUAAUGGCACAGUGACUCCAGUUUCACCAGCCAAGUAAACAAAGCACCACUGAGGCUCCCAGUCUAAGUGGUGGCUGUUUCCAGUACACAUAGACCUGAGGUAACUGAGUGAAAGAUCCCAGAGAGUCACUGUUUGGAUAGAGCUAAUACCUCUGUGUGCUUUUUUUCUUAUCAAGAUAAGUUUUAUUUGAACCACUGGAUGGAAUUUCACACUCAUUCCACUUUGCCUAGACUUCGGAGGGAGGGAGAUGUAUGAAGUGCUUCAUCUGUUUUUGCGCAAAUUGCAUCAAAAAAUAGUAUUUAACCUUUCUGUACCUGUUGGCUAAGUAUAGCAGGCUAAUUGUUUUCCUAUAUUAUGGCAUGGCAAAUAGCAUUUGUAUUUCAGAUUCAGGUAUAUGUAGCUAUAGCUGUUGUGUUUAAGAUUUUUAAAAGAAUAAUAACAUGAAGAUAUUUAUGUAAACUGACUGUACAAUAAGCAAAGAUUGUGUGUUUUAUGUAUGAUGAUGAUCAACGACAGGCACUCGGACAGCCAUCUUUGACAUCCCUCUGUUAAAAGAUGAUUGUGGUCCAGGAGUUUCUUUUUUUCUUUUCUUUUUUACCUUUGAGACAUCUUUUCUAUCGUCCUUUUUCUUUUUUCAUUUGUGCAAUAUGCUGUGUAUGAUCAUGUUUUGUCCAAUCAUGCCAAUAUCAUUUGAUGUUUAUAGCUCAAAAACCAGCCAAUGUUUGGGUCAAUCACUGCCUCUCAGACCUCUGUACAGAUUGUCGGUUCUUUUUUUUAAUUUGUUUUUCUUUUCUUCCAAGAAGGAAAUAAAAUCAGCUGGAACUGAAAAGUA